GUAAGUAUAGGAGUAUACAGUUGUACUUUGUGCGCCAGCAGGUCACAAACCCCAAGGAGCUUCAAAGUCCCCCUCACCCCCACUACAGGUACCUCUACCUUACUUAUUACCUAUAGUUCUCCCGACAAGACACUGCCACCACUUAACCACCCUUCUGCUUACUCCGUAUUGUUUCGCUCUCUCUCUCUCUCUCACACACACAACACACCCACACCACUCCCCUCCUAGACGACACCGAACUUCCGACAUUUUGUUAUUACUCCAUAGCAUUCAUACGGCUACAUAUUCUCGGCUUCCGGACCCUUCCCUUCCAGCUCUAACCCGACAUCCUCGACCUCCGUCCGACUCUGUCUCUAUCCCCCCGAGUUCUAGGAGCAAUGGACGCCAAGUUCCUUGCCGCCUCGGAAAAGCAUCCCAUCGUCGAGGGUCAUGUCUUCCAAUAUGGCACAGCCGGGUUCCGCAUGAAAGCCGAUCUCCUCGAUGGUGUCACCUUCCGCGUUGGCCUCCUAGCCGGCCUACGCAGCCGCAAGCUCAAUUCCACCAUCGGCAUCAUGAUCACCGCCAGUCACAACCCUUUCCCUGACAACGGUGUCAAGGUCGUUGAUCCUUCCGGAGACAUGCUCGAGCAAGAAUGGGAAGCCUUCGCGACCCAACUCGUCAAUGCCAAGUCUCACGACGAUCUUCUGAAGACCUACAAGGAGCUAGCCAGCAAGCUCAAGAUCGACCUCGGCGCGCCCGGAGACGUCAUCUAUGCCCGAGAUACCCGUCCCUCCGGCCGGAAGCUAGUAGCUGCCCUCUCCGACGCUUUCGAGGCCACCGAUACCCCUUACCACGACUGUGGGAUCCUCACCACCCCGCAACUGCACUACAUGACCCGCUGUAUCAAUACUUCCGGCACCCCCCAGGCCUAUGGCGAGCCUACCGAAGAGGGCUACUAUAAGAAAUUUGCCGAUGCCUUUGUCAAGGCUCUGAAGGGCCGCAAGGUCCAGGGCGACUUGAUCGUAGACUGCUCCAAUGGUGUUGGCGGUCCCAAACUUUCCCAGUUUCUCAAACAUGUGCCCCGAGACAAGACAGGGUUCAAGGUCAAGAUUGUCAACGAUGAUGUCCUCCGUCCCGAGUUGCUAAACCAGGAGUCCGGUGCCGAUUUUGUCAAGACCAAGCAAAGAGCCCCUCCUUCCCCGAAGCCCGUUCCCGGAGCUCGGUACUGCUCGUUCGACGGAGACGCCGACCGCCUAAUAUACUACUGGACCGACCCGGAUACUGGCUUCUUCAUGCUCGACGGCGACCGUAUAUCGUCCUUGGCCGCCUCCUUUAUCGCCGAUCUCGUACGUUCCGCCGGCCUGGAUCAAGAGCUCCGCAUCGGUGUCGUUCAGACGGCCUACGCAAACGGUGCCAGCACAAACUACAUUGAAAAGCACCUGCAACUGCCCGUGGUCUGCACGCCCACAGGAGUGAAGCACCUUCAUCAUGCCGCCAUGAAGUUCGAUAUCGGCUGCUACUUCGAAGCCAACGGCCACGGAACCGUCUUGUUCAGCAUCGACGCCCGCCGCGCGUUCCGGGAUACCGAACCGCAGUCGCCCGCCCAGAAGGACGCCCUCGAUACCCUCGCCGCCGUGAGCGACCUGGUCAACCAGACCGUCGGCGACGCCCUGUCGGACAUGCUGCUGGUCGAGGUCAUCCUCGCCCACAAGAAAUGGUCCCUCAAGGACUGGGCCACCACCUACACCGACCUGCCCAACCGCCUCGUCAAGGUCGAAGUCGCCAACAAGGACGCCUUCACGACCUACGACGCCGAGCGCCGCCUCGAGAACCCGCCGGGGCUCCAGGACAAAAUCGACGAGUGCGUCAAGAAGUACACCAACGGCCGCGCCUUCGCCCGGGCUAGCGGCACGGAGAACGCCUGCCGCGUGUACGCCGAGGCUGCCACGCGCUCCGAGGCCGAUGAACUCGCCGCCCGAGUCGCUGAGUACGUCAACCAGUACGGCUCAUAGAAUGGCCCUACCAGUCCUCGCAUCAUCAACCUGGACGACUUUGGUCCCGAGUUGGAUUUUGACGACAUAUUUGACGGGUGGUGACGAUCAAUUCAGCGAGUGGCCCUUGUGCUAAUCUUUUUGCCCCCUCUUUGGUUUUCCUUCUUAAUCUCGGCCUUUUUUUUUUUUUUUUUUUUUUU